AUGAUUGACAAAUGUCUAGCUGAAGAAGGUGCUGAGCAGGAGGUUUCGUUCGACGACGACGUCUGCUGCGUGUGUCUGUCUCGAGUCGCCACCGUGCAUGCAUAUCCAUGCGGGCAUAAGAUCAGCUGUAGAUUGUGUGCCACAAUGAUGCUCAAGGCCUCGGCAGAAGCUCAAGAGAAGUACUUUCGUUGCAUCAUAUGCCGGUCGAAUGUGCACCGGUUACGAUAUGUUCGAUCCAAUCCAAUUGUGGUUCUGUGUAAGCCUGAAGCACCAUUCGCCCUGAACGUUCUUCAUCGUGGAGUGUUUAACUCAUUAAGAUGUCCGAUCACUUCUUCGAGAUCGACGAUGUCGAGUUCGUUCCGUCCUGGAUGA